CUACUAUCAUGGGAAAGUAUUUUUUCGAAAACAUGGAUUCGAAAUGUUUUCUUACCGUCAAACAGGUUAACAUCAACCAAACAGAAGUACGAGAGCUACAGAUUGAGAGGAAUUUACAAGAGAGAACACUAUUUGAAGGUUUCUGUCCACUUUCGUUUGACACGAAUGGAAUCUGGACAACUGAAAUCAAGUUCAACAUUUCAAAUGACGGAAAACGAUAUUCAGACACAUAUGAGUUCAUCGUAUACCAAUCCCUCUGUCAAGAGUACCAUAAUGAAUCCGGAAAUGUAUAUUUUACAUUAAAGGAGAACUUUUGUUACAUCGACAGUAUAUGUAUUAGGCCCUUGCAGAAUAACUCGAAAAAUAAGUGCUCUUACUGUAAUGCGACGAGUAAUCAAUUCAACUGGACAGAAAAUGAAACCUGUGGGCAAACAACAAGCGAAAGGAUGCUUACAACGAUGUUAAAUACCGUCACAGAAUCUACAGUGAUGAGCUUUACAGAAAGAGAAGAAAACUACACAUCAUCUAGCACAACUGCUGCGCAAGAAGAAAAAACACUUUCUCAAAUUACUGGAUCAUUGACCACUUCACAAACUGAGCAAGCAUCGUUGGUUUCCAACACCUUACCUGAGGAAUCAUCAACAUUAAUGUCUACAGAUAUGCCGGAGAUAGACACAACUGAUUUUACAGAGAUGACGGAAAGUAUAUCAAAAACAUAUGUUGAUACAACAACGGGAUUAUCAGUAACAGAGGCAAUAACAUUAAAACCCACAUUUACAUCAACUUCAACAACCAAAGCAUCGACAACACUAAAAGAAACAACAACGAUAACUAGUAAACUGACAAUAACAACGGUAAUAACAACUGAAGCAGACUUGCAAACAACACCGUCUUUUCCACCAAGCUUAACUGAAGUAAAUACACAAUUUAUAUCGGAAUCUACUACAAAAUCAACAACCAACAUAGAAACAUCAACUGCUCAACCAUCACCUACAGUAUCAACCAAAAAAUCGGAAACAAGCACAAUUCCGUCAACAGCAAAACUAGAUACACUCCAGACUACAACAAUCGCUGAAACCAAGUCAACUAUAAGUACAGAAACCUCCCAACCUGUAACGACAUCCGAAGGGCGUGUUGGCACUACCACUUCUAAUGACAAAGGAAAUACCAACGACAAAUCGAUUCAGGCUCAAGUCAGAAACACCCAGUUGAUUGUUGGGGCCUCAGUUUCUUUUGUGGGGAUAAUUAUCAUUAUGGUUAUUAUAGGGCUGGUAGCUCGAAAAUGCAGGAAACCAAAUAAGAAUGCGAGACACCAGCGUGAAGACUUUGGACAACUAAGAAACUGGAGAGACCUAGCCUUGGCAGGAAAAGAAAACACCUCAACUUCUCAAUAUGAUUCAAAUUUGAGUGAUCCCCACAUACCACACGCUUCUCUUCAUCAUUUCAAAAGUCAGUGAUUGAUCAACAAAAACACACUUAAAAUAGAUAAAACUUUGACUUCUGUUUUAUAUUUUUUUUUCAAGAACCUGCGAGUCGUGUACAUAUGUGUUUCACGUUGUGUGCUUCAGAUUCCUUUUAGCGAUUAAGAACAUUUUAUUUCCUAAUUUGUAUUUGAAACAGUGUUGUUAUAGACAAGGUUUUUUUCCGCAUCACUCAAACUUAACUCAAUUACUAUCACAUUUGAAUUUCUAUGUAAUUUCAAAUUUUUACUAUAUUUGUAAAGGGUCAGCGGUACAACUGCAUUGACGUUUUGUGUAUAUUUUGAAUUUCUUCAUUCAC